AUGCAAUGCACGAUAUUUGACAUGGACAGUGAAAAUGAUCAUCGGUUGGACUCGCUAAGCACAGAAAGCAUCUCUUUCAUUGUGAAGAAGAAUGAUCCAGAUCAAACGAGGUGGAAAAACACGCUUUUCCAGUUGGUAGGACCAGGAAAAUGGGAGUCGACAUAUUUCUACAGCUUUGGAAGAAAGAUUAAUCUAGACCAGUGCAAGGACAAUUCGGUACUGCUAGACUUUUCACACUUAUUCUCCGGGAACGAGUUUGGACCCGGGGAUUUCAUCUCUAUAGCAUCAAGAUUUCAGACUGUUAUCUUGGAUAAUGUUCCAGCAUUAGGAUCUGGCCAAAAGAACGAAGCCAGAAAGCUCAUAGAGUUUGUCGAUGCUACUUAUGAGACUGGUUGUAGACUUGUAAUGCGUUCAGAUGUGGAUAUAGAACAUAUUUUUUUCAAUACUUCAAAUACAGGUGGGAAAUGCAUUGGGUUCAAGUGUACUCCAAUUGAGGGAGAUAAUAUAAGUGCAGUUGAAGAUAGUGAGAUGGCAACACAGACAAUUUUAGACACAGUGAAUCCACUGCAACCAAAUGCAACUUCGUAUGAUGAGAUGAAUGGUGCGGCCUUUGAUGUUGAAACGGAUGAUAUUAGCAAGAGCAGUAUUGAAAAAGCUGAAACUGGAUUUGCAGGUGAGGAUGAGAAGUUUGCCUAUCGCAGGACGGUGAGCAGACUUAAGGAAAUGCUCUUUUCAUCCAAAUGGGGUAGUCAGAGGAGGUGGCAUCCAAUAGAUGAGAAGUUGAGGGUGUGGGAAAGGAUGAAUGGUUAG